UUCCCGUGGUGCCUCGCGCGGCGUGUGUCUGUUGGAUGGAGAAGGGAACUCGGUUGGAGUUCUCCUCCGUGUGUCUUCCGCGAUGGCUGCCCCUCUCUCCCCGCUGAGGUUCGGGGCUCCGGCCGAGAGCUCCGUCUGCCUCCUCUUGCCCCUCGUCAUCCCCGCCGGAAGGUCCCUCGUCCUGUCCCGAGAUGGGACAAAAACUGCCUGGAUUCUGUCUCUGUCAGAAGAAAAUAAGAGCAAAGGGGAAAAUCCAGAAGGUGGUUCAGAUCUGUGUAAGACAUCCUCAUGCACCCCCCAAGAGGGUGGCCUUGGGGGAACUCAACGGGGGGCCUCCAUAAAAGAGCAAGCGGCCUUUUGUAAAGGGAACUCCAAGGAGCCCCAAAGGAGCAGCAAACCCAAAUCCUACAAAUGCUCCGCCUGUGGGAAAGUUUACCGAAGGAGCACCGAUCUUGGGAGGCAUCAACGGACUCACACCGGUGAAAGGCCUUACCCGUGCCUGGAUUGUGGGAAGAGCUUCAGUCGGAGUUCGAUCCUCAUCGAACAUCGGAGAAUCCAUACCGGUGAAAAGCCAUACGUAUGCAGCUAUUGUGGGCAAGGCUUCAGCCAAAGCUCCAACCGUAACCAACAUGAGAAGAUUCAUGGGAAGGAUAAGAUGGGCCAUCCAACACAUUGGGUACAAGUAAAACAGACAAGCCAGCAAGAAAAAAUCCAAGUCCAGGAAAGAACACAGGCAAGCCAGAAUGAGAAGGUCCAGGUUCAGGAGAAGCUGGGCGAAUCAACACACUGGGGACAGAAAACACGGACAAGCUGGUAUGAGAAGAUCAAGAGCAAGGAGAAGCUGGGCAAGCAAACCCAGUGGGGGCAAGGUCAGCAGAGGAUAGAGGACAAUAGCCUUGGCCCUAAAAGCAAGAUGAGAACAGAAGAAGGGUUGGAGCUUAACGAAGGAUCUGGAAAGGUUUCUCCACCUCCUGAGAAAAGCCCUUUGUGGAGCUCAAAGGUGGUCCUGAAGCACCAGGGAAGUUUCCUCCUUGAAAAGCCCUACAGGUGCCCUCAAUGCGGAAAGUGCUUUGCCCGCAGCACGGAUUUCAUCCGGCACCAUAUCACCCACACAGGAGAGAAGCCCUACACUUGCACAGAAUGCGGCAAGAGUUUUACCCGCACCUCUGUCCUGAAUGAACACCAGCGGAUCCACACAGGAGAGAGGCCCUACAAGUGUAGGGUCUGUGGGAAGGGCUUCAGCCAGAACUCCAAUCGGAACCAACACGAGAUGAUCCACCAAGUGAAGGAAUCAGCCGAGCCAUUCCUAAAUGGCCGGGAAAAUUUGGACUGGGGUGCAGGACUGGUGCAGCAACAGAGAGUUAAUCCAAAGAGGGGGAAAACCCGAGACAAGAUCAAUCGAUAGGAGAUAUUUUAUGAAAGUCAAACCUCAAACCAAAAGAGGAAGAGGACUCAUGUGGAGAUAUUUUUUUAAAAUGAGAGAUACAUUUCAGCUGCUGUUACAUGUAAACAAAAGUAUUCUUGGUGUAGAAAUUCCAAGCAAAAUGCAUUGAUGGGAUACUAUUGCUACUAAUAACAGUAAAAAGGAGAAGCAAAAUAAUUUACUACAUUUAUAGUUUGAUUAAACACAUAGUGAACUGUUUGUCUUCUCUGCAACCAAAGACUGGGAAAAGCCACUUUAUACAGCCGGGGUGAGAAAUAUGUAGAUCUCCAGAUAUUGUCAAACUGCAACUCCCAGCAUUCCUCACUGUUGUUACCCAUGUGUUACAUCACACUGCCUCUUAGCCAGGUUGCCUGCAAGUUUUAUUUUUCAUUCACCAGCCACUCUCCAAAUGAGCAUUUCAUUCACCAGACUAAUCCUUCCUAAUAGCCAGAGCCAAACUUUUGAAGAAAGCAAGUAGAAUUUUGCUAAAAAUUGUGUCAACAGCAUAACAUCAGAAUUUAACUUUUCCUGGAAAUAGAAUGCCUUUGAAACUAUGCAGAAUGCAUUUUCUUACCAGUGGUUAACCACAUUCAGAUUAAGGGACAGGAUCCCCAAACCAUAAGAUCCAACUUAAGCCCCAUUUACAUAUAAUGCUGUUUCAGAAUACAGCUUAGCUGCAUUAUAUGGUAGUGUAGACUCAUGUAAUCUAGUUUGGUGCAGUUAAACUGCAUUCUGAAUCUGAAUGAUACGGCAGUGAAGAUAGGGCCUUAGGUGUAGCCUGAGGAUAAACACUUCCUGUCUCUUGAAACAUUUUAAAUUAACAAGCUAAAUCUAUUAUAUUUAUUGUCCUCACUUGGGUAGCAAUCUUAUUUUCAUAUAGCUGAAAGCAUUCCCAUUUAACUUGGUGCGAGUUCUAAAGAAAUAAACAGGGAGCUGCACUGUUAGAUCUCAAUCAAAUUGUUAGUCUCCACUCGAGUAGGCUGUUUGAACCAAUAGUAAGUCACCUUAACUCGUUGAGUCUGUUCUGUUUGAGACUAGGAACUGGACUGAGGCCAUAGUUUAAUAUUUGGUGUAGAGCAAUGCUAAAUAAACAACAAGGCACCUAAAUUUCA